AUGAAGCUGAUGUCGAUAUCAUCCAUUUGCGGCAUAGUAUUUCUGUGUUACAUUCUACAUUCCACGUAUACACUUUAUAUAUUGUUCCGGGCACCGCAAUGCACUGAUACACCGUGCUAUCGCUCGCAGCUCACUAAAGGGAAAUUCUUGCAGCUUUCAUUGUACACAUCGCCAUUUUCCAACCCUCCGAAUGGCGGUAAAGUGGCGAAACUGGGCACCAUCAACCCGUUUGAUCCGUUCGUGGAGCUUGAGAGAUCAUACACAAUCAACUUACCAAAGGAGACACGUGCAAAUGGCACGUUGUACAUGUUUGCAGUCCUGACGAAGGGCGCAAAAUCCUUAGAAUGGGACUCGGUACGAUCUCAGAGCACAUCAGUUAUAAAAAAGUUUUCUCUAACGCACUACAUGGUGCCUAAAACGGCUACAAUUAAUCUUCUUAACGAUAAGGGAACAGCAAGGAAAUCAAACAAGCUCGUGCAACAGAAGCGGAUCGCCCACAUACGACAAAAUGUGUUCUUGCACAUAAUUACGGAGGACUUUUCUGUGUCACCGCGUGACGUUCCGGCAGAGCUGGCUCGUGAUAUUCGUAUCACUCCGGACAAUUUGGUGAUGCCUAUUAUUCGAAAUGAUUUCGCGAAGGAAAAACUCGCAGAUCUAGUCGAAAUCGACCCGAACGCAUCGGAUGCAACCCUAAUAAUGCACUAUGCUCCUAGCUCAGUGGGCAAGAUCAAAAUGUUGGCUCAAAUUGAACGAGCCAUGUCUGACCUGACGAAACUAGGAUUCAGCGAGAAGGACAUUGAUGAAGUAAAAUCGAUCUUCUCUGAUACUAACGUUUAUCUAUUGUGCGGAACAAUCAUCAUCAGCAGUGUUCAUCUUUUGAUCGAUUUUCUGUCUUUCAAAAACGAUAUUCUCUUUUGGAAACGCAAACGCCACUACGCCGGGUUGUCCUUACGAAGCACGUUGUGGCGUACGUUUAGCCACAUAAUCAUAUUCCUUUACCUCAUGGACGAGGAGACUUCUCUGCUUAUUCUCGUACCAACGGGCGUCGGAACGUUGAUCGAGAUGUGGAAGGCAAAGAAAAUCCUCAAGCUCGACGUUAGCCUACGCGGUGGAAUACGCUUCCAGCCAAGCAGCGAGAGUAGCGAAGCGAUUCAAACACAAGAGAACAAUACGCUGCAACUGGAUAAGCAAGCAAUGCAAUAUCUUAGCUACAUUCUGUAUCCAUUGUGCAUCGGUGGGGCCAUCUAUUCGCUGCUCUAUCUUCCGCACAAGAGCUGGUAUUCGUGGACAAUUGGCUCCCUGGCGAAUGGAGUGUACGCGUUCGGGUUCUUGUUCAUGCUGCCCCAGCUUUUCAUCAACUACAAGCUUAAAUCGGUCGCUGCACUGCCAUGGCGCGUGUUCAUGUACAAAGCAUUCAACACAUUCAUCGACGACGUGUUCGCCUUCAUCAUAACGAUGCCUACGGCCCAUCGGUUUGCCUGCUUCCGGGACGACAUCGUGUUUCUCGUAUAUCUGUACCAGCGAUGGUUGUAUCCGGUCGAUAAGACGCGUAUGGACGAAGAUGAACGGGCGCUUCUUGACAAGGAACACGAUUCUACGGAUGAGCAGGAUGGCAACGAUAAGCGGAAAAAGUCCAACGAAAAGGACAAUAAGAAGGAUAACUAGUAGCAAUACGGCUUUCUAUCGUGCAAUUCUUUUUCUACACACUGCAAAGUGCUUUUUGAUAGAUAAUAACGCUAGUUCGAGCUAGUGGUAAAACAACUACAAGUACAACAUAAUCGCACAGUUGCAUACCGUUAAAUUACCGUUAAAGGCAACUUUAUAAAGCCUGCAACAUUGCAUAAUAAUCCCGAUAUAGUGACAGUGUUAGCAACGUUUAGCAGAAUUCGUUGUUCCUAUGGUAUUCUUCUAUUUCUAAGGUAAUGCUGCAGUCAGUGGCAACAUGUUGAUGUCAAUCAGAGUCACAUUAGGUUCCCUCCAUUAUGCUAAAUUAGUAAUUAUGAUGCAUUUAAAACGUUUUUGUUUAUCAAGUAAUGAAAACAGUUUUGUUUGAAGAAAAGUGUAAGUAAAUAAAUUCAA